GUAGCCAAUCUGGAUGCGCGUUAUAAAAGGCAAGGAGUGAACGCCAUCUUGGAUACCGUAUCUGUCAGAUUUAUUCUGCAUAGGAAACAGGUGAAGUGAGCGAAAAAUUGCUGCAAUGGUCACUUGAACGCAAUAGAGCGUCCAUCGGAGGGAUACCGCAAGCAAAUCGACACACAGAAACUGAAUAUGAGUGUUUCUGUUGGAGAAAUUAUCACGUUAAAUGUGGGUGGGAAACGAUUUUCUACCUCCAAACAAACCUUAUCAUGGAUCCCAGAUUCUUUCUUCUCAAGCUUGAUGAGCGGCAGAAUUUCUUCAUUGAGAGAUGAAACAGGAGCUAUAUUUAUAGAUAGAGACCCAGAUGCAUUUGUUCCCAUCUUAAAUUUUAUGAGGACAAAGGAGCUAGAUCCAAGGGGUCUCGAUUUGAGGGUUAUCAAGCAUGAAGCAGAGUUCUAUGGCAUUACCCCUCUAGUCAAGCGGAUCACUCUUUGUGAGGAAGUCUCCUCCUCUAAAUGUGGCGACGUGCUCUUCCAUGGCUAUCUUCAGCCACCAGAGUUAACCCUACCGCAAAGGGAUUCAGUCGCAUCAUUAUCGCACCACAGCUCUGUCUCAAGCAUGUCAAGCACGGUGACAAAAGAGUCGUGUACCCAAGACUUGAGGAUCAGGACCUCCACUUAUGACUCCAACUAUACAUCUGUUGAUGUGAAUCCUCGUAAAGCCCUGAUUGUCAGUGGCCAUCAUGGGAUGAUUGCUGUCGCGUUUGCUCAUUGUGUUGUGUGCUACAAGUUAAAAGACACCGCAGAAUGGAUAAUGGUCUUCACUUCCCCAUACCUGGAGCGCUCCAUAGAGAGAGUGGCACUGAAUGCUAAAGUAACUGCUGGAUCUUUAGGGGAGAGGAUGGUGGCAGUAUCUACAGGCUGCAAAAUUCAUUUGUGGAGUUUCACCAACACUGAGCAUGGAUGUGCCAAGUUUGAGAUUGGGACAUUUGACCUGACAAUGCCUGUAGAUACCCUCUUCUUUAUCGGCAGCCAGUUAGUCGGCACAAGUCACACUGGUAAAGUGGGUGUUUGGAACUCCAUGUCACAGCAUUGGCAGAUCCAAGAUGUUGUACCCAUAUCUAGCUAUGACAAGGCAGGGUCGUUCCUUCUUCUUGGAUGCUCCAAUGGUUCUAUUUAUUAUAUUGACAUGCAGAAGUUCCCUCUGCGUAUGAAGGAUAAUGAUUUACUUGUGACAGAAUUGUAUAAGGACCCCAAUGGUGACAUGGUGACUGCACUAAGCAUGUACCUCACACCCAAAACCUGCUUGAGUGGGAACUGGAUCGAGAUCGCGUACGGGACAAGUGCGGGAACCGUGCGGGUCAUUGUCCAACAUCCCGAAACAGUCGGUCAAGGACCUCAGCUGUUCCAGACCUUCACGGUCCACAGGAGUCCCGUUAUCCGGGUUAUGCUGAGCGAAAGGCACCUCGUGUCUGUGUGCAGCGAAUAUAAUCACGUGCGGACGUGGAAUGUCACGAGGUUUCGUGGAAUGAUUUCCACGCAACCAGGAUCCACGCCUCUGGCUUCAUUCAAUGUAGUAUCACUAGAAGAAACAGAUUCGCAUCCAAGCUAUACAGCAGGCAACGCAUUAGGUCCAUUCGGUGACCGUGAUGACCAGCAAGUGUUUAUUGAAAAGAUCGUCCCGGACACCGACCAUGUGCAUGUCCGGCUUUCGUCCACUGGAAAGAGGAUCUGCACCAUACGCUCAGUGGACGGUAGCAACAUCUCGUGUUACUUUGUACAUGAGUGUGAUGGGUCCAGUCGCAUGGGGUCACGCCCUCGACGCUACCUUGUCACGGGUCACGAGAACGGCAGUAUUCAGAUGUGGGACCUGACGACUGCGCUCGAACAGCAGGCAAAGCUAGCUGAAGCCCCCUCCUUAUCAGCGGGACCAACAGAGGGCGAGCUUCUCAAGACGCUAGAACAGUGCGAUUUGAGCGCUUCACGGUGCUCAACUCCAUCCUUGUCGCCAGCGACCUCAGUCAUUCAGACAAAUGACCUGCUCGGCUCACGCAUGAAGCUCUCGCUCUCCUGCCCGAGUCUGACGGAGGAAGAAACGGAAGAACCCGCGCAUCCGCGAGAACCGCUGCGCCGGCGAGAUCACACGCACACGCGAGAACUCACGCCGUCACGAGAAGGCUCCAUUCGUGCGCGAUACAUGAUUUCGCAAUGUUAGUACAAGUAGUAUUGUAGGGACAGUUGAGCUGCAGAUUUGGGGUGAUCCCGCUGGAUGUUAUGUGAAAUAGUCAAUGUGGCAUUUGGGCUUGUUUUGUCUUUGUUUAAUUCUAGUAAGUCACUAUAAAAAUGGAUUUUGUUUUAGAAGUUCAAAGGUAUAAAUAAAGUGACUUACCUUGGCUAACGCCAAGUCGGCCGAUAUCCCGGAUUCGAUAUAAGCGCCAAUGCCUGCAAACAACCUCUAAAUCGAAACUCUUGCAAAAUUAUAAGUAAAAUGUGUUAGAGUAAGAAGAGAGCUUUUGUCUUUUGAGAAUUGGUGCGCAUAUCGAACUUGGGACCAUUUGAUGUUUGAUUGUUUUCCCUCGAAACAUCUGUCAGUCUUCGCUUUAUUGAUUUUUUUAAGAGCCUGAGCCUUUAUUGAUUUGGGGUGGGGAUGGGGGUGGGGAUCAGCUAGCCCCCCUUUCAAAUAUCAAACGGUCCGUUCUAAUGCGCUUACACUUUUAGAUUCAUUUGUGAUAGAUGGAAUAAACAGAUAAUAGAGUUUUUGUUGUUAAAUAUUCUAAAGAAUUAAAAUUUCAUUUGAGACGAUGAAUAUUCUUUCCUGUGCAUAUCUUUAUCAAACCAUUUUUUGGAAACAUUGUUUCGUUGGAUGCUUUACCGUAACUGGAAAUUUUUUUACGUAAAUAUGCACAUGUUUUCACUGUUUCUCAGUUUUACCAGGACCCAAUGAACCAAUGAAAAUGAUCCUCUUUCCUCGGCCUUGUUGUAAUACCUUGUUUAUCUCUCUUACAGGAAAACGUAUCUUCACCUAUAGCCAGUAACCAGUAAUAUCUCUACAGUAACCUCUACUUCUGUCGAGUCAUCUCUUGUAACCUAUCUUCACUGUUGUCUUCUUUCUGGCGUUGUCUUCAUCUCGGUGAUGUCCUCUACAUUGUUCGAAAUGUUUUGUAGUUUUAAAAGGCAUAUUUUAAUACAAGAGCUGCGUUGUUUGAAAUGACUGAGUAUUAUUCCUACACCAAUUUCUUCGCUUCGUAACCUAGUUAUAUCUGGGUUUUAGAUAAACAGUUUUUUGUGUAAACUUGUGAAACACAACAACAUUUCAAGUGAAUGGUUCUCCUGCAGUGUGGUCACACCCUUGUGACAACCAGGGCAAGUCUUUCAGGGAAGCAUUUUAGCAACACACAAAGGAGGACAAAUUAUGGGAAGAAAUCUUAAAGCAACCUAAAAUUUAAAUCUUAUGCACUAUUAUCCGAAUUCAA